CCUAUUCUCUCUCCUCAAAUGGCAGGGAAGCACUUCCCCACAGGUGGCCUGAGAUCCACUUCCUUUCCCUUCUCCUCCUCCCUCGCCGUUACUUCCCUCUCCCUGCUCGCUCUCUUCCUCACCUUCUUCUUCUUCUUCCACAACAAUUCCUCUUCCUCUCGCUGCCUCUUGAUCUCCGACCCCCUCGACUCCCCGCUCCACCUCUCCAAGCGAAAUCCCAACCCUAGCUCUGAUGCCGGCCCUCCUCCCGAGUACUCCUUCGUCGCAUCCCUCGAGAAGUUCCUCACCACCCGCGCGCCCCCUUUCUCCUCCUCCUCCCCCGCCGAUGCUGCUGCAUCUCAGUCCGCCGUGCCUGACGAUGGUGAUGUUCCCACCGCCGCCGCCGCCAAGGCGCUCGACGACUCAAUGUGGAAGGAGGAGACGGAGAGGCUUUACGGCGAUCCCCUAGAUCCGUGGUCGGCGCCCUCCGUGGCCCGGGUCUACGUGUAUGACAUGCCCUCCAAAUUCACCUACGAUCUACUGUGGCUGUUCAGGAACACCUACAAGGAGACCGUGAACCUAACCUCCAACGGCAGUCCCGUGCAUCGCCUGAUCGAACAGCAUUCUAUUGAUUACUGGCUUUGGGCAGAUCUGAUUGCUCCAGAAUCUGAGAGGAUAUUGAAGAAUGUUAUUAGGGUUCAUAGACAGGAGGAGGCGGAACUUUUCUACAUUCCAUUUUUCACAACAAUUAGCUAUUUCUUACUUGAGAAGCAACAGUGCAAGGCACUUUACAGGGAGGCUUUAAAGUGGGUGACUGACCAGGCUGCCUGGAAAAGAUCUGGAGGUAGAGAUCAUAUACUUCCAGUCCAUCACCCUUGGUCUUUCAAAUCUGUUCGCCGGUUCAUGAAAAAUGCAAUUUGGCUUCUACCAGAUAUGGACUCCACUGGAAACUGGUAUAAACCAGGGCAAGUCUGGCUAGAAAAAGACCUUAUCCUUCCUUAUGUUCCCAAUGUUGAUUUUUGUAAUUCACAAUGCUUACAUGACGUGCAGUCAGAAAGAAAAACAUUGAUAUUCUUUCGUGGAAGGCUUAAGAGAAAUGCUGGAGGUAAAAUUCGUAGUAAACUUGUGGAAGCAUUGCAUAACACUGAGGGUGUUAUUGUAGAAGAGGGAAGUGCUGGUGAAUCUGGGAAAGCUGCAGCUCAGAAUGGCAUGCGCAGAUCUCUCUUUUGCCUCAGCCCUGCUGGGGAUACCCCAUCCUCUGCUAGGCUGUUUGACGCAAUAGUUAGUGGAUGUAUACCUGUUAUUGUCAGUGAUGAAUUAGAGCUUCCUUUUGAAGGAAUACUUGAUUAUCGGAAGAUCGCGCUUUUUGUUUCUUCUAAAGAUGCUGUACAACAUGGAUGGCUUAUUAAGUUCCUUAAGAAUAUAGAUUCCAGGCAAAUCAAAGAAAUGCAGAUGGACAUUGCCAAGUACUCGAGGCACUUCUUAUAUUCAAGUCCAGCUCAGCCUCUUGGUGCAGAGGACAUGACGUGGAGAAUGAUUGCUGGUAAAUUGGUGAACAUCAAGCUGCAGACAAGGCGGUCACAACGGACUGUGGAAGGUUCAAGAAAUUUGUGCACAUGUGAAUGCAAACCAGGAAAUAUCACUAGAGUAUUCUGAUUGCGUUUUCUUUCUUGUUCUGUGUUUUUUUUCUUUUUCAUAUCCUCUUAUGCUGAUUUGUUUACCCAUAUGAUAUAACAGCUGUAUAGAAAAAAAAAAAUAUAUAGUCCUAUGUUUCUUGUAACUGAGAAAAUCUUGCUUCCCAUGGUUUAUUUCUUAAAUGUGUUCCUCUUAGUGAUCCCACAUUC